AUGGCCGAGCUCAGCACCGAGCAGCCGCGUCCGGUGCGGCGCAAGUUUGCGAUGCCGCCCGUCAAGCUGGCCUGUCUCUCGUGGUAUGGAUCCCGCGACCGUGUUUUCGCUCUGCUGCAUCUCGAAGCAGAACGCCUGCGUCUACCGUCCGAGCAGACGUGGCGGGCCUCGCAUCCGCAAGAAGGUGGCGUCUGUCUCGCCGCCCGGACAGCGCUCGAGAUUCACAACUUUGUCGAUCCUGGCGCGGCACUCGGCCAGCUGCCCGAAUUGCCUCCCGACAGCGACUUCAUCUUUGACAACCUCUUUCUGAACCCGUUUCCCGACCCGGCCUUUGACGAGACGCCGAUGCCGCAGCAGACCUUUACGCCUGUGCCGGAAGUGUCGGGUCCGCUUGUGCGGACGUACCGCAAUAACCACAGCCUUCUGCAGGCAUACUACUGCUGGGUGCACACGUUUGUGCCGAUCUUGCCGGCGCCCGAGAUAUCUCCGCCGCUGGACGAGCCGGUGCCGAUCUCGCAAAACCACCCGGACGGCUUCAGCAGCGGGCUGGACUUUAGUUCUCCGGUGGCCUUGGCACUGUCGGCCGUGCUGGCCCUGGUGCCCUGCGCAGAGGACACGGACCCCAGCUCCUCAGAAGCGGUGCCGUUCCGGCGCAAUUGCGCGCAGUUCUUUGCACAGGCAGCCAUCGAGAGCAUCGAGGCCGAGUCGGAGAUCCCGGGCUCGUCGACGGCACCGGAGAAGACGCUGGAGUCGGAACCGCCGACGGUGGACCGGCUACCGUUCCAUCCACGUGUGCCGGUGGAGCUGGAGAGCAUCAUUGCGCUGAACUUGCUGAGCGUCUACGAAUAUGCGCAGCGCGGAAACCUGAAGAAGAUGCGCAGCCGGGCCGGACAGGCGUUGAUGGAGGCUAUGAUGACGUUUAACCUGCACAACCAGACGGACGACGACGACUACUACGCUGAGGCCAAGCGGAGAGUGUGGUGGAUGACGUAUAUGUGUGCGACGCAGACGGCCAUUGUGAGCUGCACACCUCCUCCGUUGGAGCUUUUUGGGGUCUCGUUCACGACCAAAUACCCGACGCUGGAAGUCGACCCCGAGGCGUGGCCGACGCUGAUCGAGACGCAGCAGUCGAUGCUGUCGGCGACGCAGUUCAUCGUGGACCUGAGCGAGGCGGUGUCGACACGAGCAGACAUGGAACCGAUCUACAGGAAGUUGGUGGAGCUGGAGAACGGCAUGGGUCCGCUGGCCGACCGAUGCGACGCCUGGGCGGUCAGCGGACCUUUGGCGCCGAUCGUGGACGCGUCGGAGACCUGUCUGGUGCGGUCGCUGCGGUCGAUGGCCCGCACCAAGGUGAACAGCGCGCGGAUCAAAGUGCACCGGUACUGUGCCUUUGGCGACUACCCCGUCUUCAGUGGCAAGAUGUGCGACCUGCAGUCGACGGCCGACAUGGCAGAUGGACCGGAUCUGAUCCUCCGGGCGCCGUGCAUGUGCGGGCUCUCGAGCCACAGCGGCACGUCCAAGACGGGCAGUCCGGACAGCCACCACCAGCAGCAGCAGCACACGCCGUCAUCGGGCGGCACACCGGAGACGAUCGACAGCAUGGGCAGUUCCAGCUGCACGCGUCACGGCUACGAUGCCCGCAAGAAUGCGCCGUACACGAGCCACUUCUCGGCCAAGAUCUGCCUGCGGUCGGCGCUCAACAUUGCCAACGACUACGACAACAUGCCGUACCCGAACCCGUCGGGCCAGUUUGGGCAGGACCUGUGCUUCCUGUCGCCGACGUCGCCGAUUGUGGCCCCGCGCAUGCUGCCGUCGUAUGUCUGCUGCGCGAUGCAGGGCGCCUACGUGUUCCUGUCCAUCUACCGCAAGACCAGCACGAUCGUGCCGGGCACGGCCAGCAGCGGCUACCUGGUCAGCAUGCUGCUGCAGCUGCAGCAAGGCUUGAUGUCGAUCCUGGCGGCCAUUGAGAACUACGCGACCGCCUUUGAGGCAAUCCGGGCGAUGCGAGACCAGGUUCGAAAGUCGGCCGAGUCUCUGAUCAUGCUGAAGCCAUGA